AAGUCACAGAGAUGAUGAUCCAUCCAUUAUCUAAAGCCGAGCUGAGAACUUGGGUUAUCGGUCUUGUAAUGUUGUGGUACUUUACAGGAUACAGACUCAGGACUGCCUCGGUCUAAAAGAGAGCCGAAAACUCUCGAAAGCGGAGGCGCUGAGUUGGUGGGCUAGCUCGCUAGUUUAGCAGCCAGCUGCCUUGGCGACGAGCUGAGUAAUAAUCUCAAGACGGCCAUCGAGGCAGCUCGCAGUUAUUUCAUUUUACUGUCGCCUUGUAUUGCGUAGCCAUGGCAACUCGGCGACUGACCGAUGCCUUCUUAUUAAUGCGGAACAAUGCAAUCCAAAACCGGCAGAUUGUGGCUGAGCAAGUGAGUACAUACGACCCCCGUCGUACUCUGAAUACACGUAGCAAUGCUGCGGAGUUUGAUGAGUUGGCUGAUGACCGUAUGGCCCUGGUGUCAGGCAUCAGUUUGGAUCCAGAAGCUGCUAUCGGUGUCGCGAAGAGACUCCCGCCUAAAUGGGUGGAGGGAGUGGAUGAGAUUCAGUAUGAAAUCACACGCAUUCGUCAGAAGAUGAAGGAACUGGCCAAUCUGCACGACAAACACAUGAACCGGCCCACGCUGGAUGACAGCAGUGAAGAGGAGCACGCCAUCGAGAUCACUACACAGGAAAUUACACAGAUGUUUCACAGGUGCCAGCGGGCCGUGACGGGGCUCCAGACUCAGAGCCGUCAUUGUACAGAGCAAGAAAACAGGCUGUUGACCAAUGUGGUCUCCUCACUGGCCCAGAGCCUUCAAGAACUGUCAAUCAACUUCAGACACACACAGUCAAGCUACCUGAAACGUAUGAAAAACCGUGAAGAAAGAUCCAAGCACUUUUUUGACUCCGGUCCUCUUGUGGAGGAAGAUGAAGAUAUUGCGCUUUAUGAAAGAGGGUUUACAGAUGACCAACUAGUGCUGGUUCAGCAAAACACAGUGCUGGUAGAAGAGCGAGAGAGAGAAAUUCGACAAAUUGUUCAGUCCAUCUCUGACCUUAAUGAGAUAUUUAGAGAUCUUGCUGGAAUGGUUGUUGAACAGGGCACAGUCCUCGACAGAAUUGACUUCAAUGUGGAGCAAGCAUGUGUCAAAACAGAGGAGGGACUGCAGCAGUUGCAGAAGGCUGAACAGUACCAGAAGAAAAACCGCAAGAUGCUGGUCAUUUUAAUUCUCUUUGUCAUAGUUGUUGUUCUAAUACUUAUUCUGUUCGGGACAAAGUUUAGGUGAAUCAUUCCAUGGCCUCUAGGAGGGAUCUACCUGUAUGUAUGAGAGAAAUUGAUGUGUGCGUGAGUGGGUAUGCAUGCUAACUUUCAACACCAUUGUUUGAGUGUGGAAAAUGUGGUGGUGAAAAUUUGGAAGGUGCUCAUCUCAACUGCCCUUGUCAUCUCAUGUGAAGAGUAAACAGGAAGAUAAUGGGAAAAGAUAAGUUAUCCUCGGAAGAUGAUCAUAUCUGCUUGGGUGAAUUCAAAAAAAGAAAAGAAUUCCAAAAAAGAAUUUCCAGGUCAUAUUUCAUCCCAAAAUUUUGCUGAAGUUGUCCUAAAAGACUUGUUUAUAUUUUUCUUAUAAUUUUUUGGACAUUUCCCUCUCAACUCUCAUUACUGUAAUGCAGAAUUAAACAAUUUUAAAUGAAAAAGUACAGUUGCAGUAUUACAGUAUUUUUUGUACUGUACAACAGUGGUACAAAUCUAAUGGGAACCACCAUUGAUAAUAAUGGAAGGUAAAUUAGAAUACAUUAAAAUAACUGAGACUUUAGGGGGAAUGGGCUUAAAGGAACACUCCC